AUGGAUACUGAUGACUUUGGAGAGCUGCUGCAGCAGGCGGAGCAGCUUGCGGCCGAGACGGAAGGCAUCUCAGAGCUGCCUCACGUCGAACGCAACCUGCAGGAGAUUCAGCAGGCAGGGGAGCGCCUGCGGUCCCGCACCCUGACCCGAACCUCCCAGGAGACUGCAGAUGUCAAGGCGUCUGUUCUGCUGGGCUCUAGAGGGCUUGAUAUAUCUCACAUCUCUCAGCGACUGGAGAGCCUAAGUGCAGCCACUACAUUUGAGCCUCUUGAACCUGUGAAGGACACUGACAUCCAGGGAUUCCUGAAGAAUGAAAAGGACAAUGCACUGCUUUCAGCCAUCGAAGAGUCUCGGAAGAGGACUUUUGCUAUGGCUGAAGAGUAUCACCGAGAAUCAAUGCUGGUUGAAUGGGAACAGGUGAAACAAAGGAUUCUUCAUACUUUGCUUGCAUCAGGAGAAGAUGCUCUUGAUUUUACCCAGGACAAUGAGCCCAGCUACGGAGGGGAGUCAGGUCCUCCAGGUCGUAGCUCUCUGGACAGCGUGGAGAUGGCCUACGCUCGUCAGAUUUAUAUUUACAAUGAGAAGAUAGUGAAUGGACAUCUGCAGCCUAACCUGGUGGACCUUUGUGCUACUGUGGCAGAGCUGGAUGAUAAGAACAUCUCUGAGAUGUGGGCCAUGGUGAAACAAAUGACUGAUGUUACCCUGGUCCCUGCUAGUGAUGCCUUGAAGGUCCGGACCAACAUGGAGGUGCGCAUGGAGUUCGUGAGGCAGGCUCUGAACUACCUGGAGCAAAGUUACAAAAAUUACACCUUUGUGACAGUUUUUGGCAACUUGCACCAGGCUCAGCUGGGUGGAAUCCCUGGCACCUACCAACUAGUCCGCAGCUUCCUCAACAUCAAACUCCCUGCACCUGUCCCUGGUCUCCAGGAUGGGGAGGUGGAAGGCCAUCCUGUUUGGGCACUGAUUUACUACUGCAUGCGCUGUGGGGAUUUGACUGCAGCCAUGCAUGUGGUGAAACGGGCCCAGCACCAGCUGGGAGAGUUCAAAACCUGGUUCCAGGAGUACAUGCACAGUAAAGAUAAAAGGCUGUCCCCUGGCACUGAGAACAAGCUGCGGCUGCACUACAGGCGAGCUCUGCGGAACAACACCGACCCCUACAAGCGGGCUGUCUACUGCAUCAUCGGCCGCUGCGACGUCACGGACAACCAGAGCGAGGUGGCUGAUAAAACAGAGGAUUACCUGUGGAUCAAACUGAACCAAGUGUGUUUUGAUGACAGCAGUGCAAGUUCUCCCCAAGACCAACUAACAUUGUCCCAGUUCCAGAAGCAGCUGCUAGAAGACUAUGGUGAAUCCCAUUUUGCAGUGAACCAGCAGCCAUUCCUCUACUUCCAAGUCUUGUUCUUGACAGCUCAGUUUGAAGCUGCCAUCGCUUUUCUCUUCCGGACGGAGCGCCUGCGUUGUCACGCCGUUCACGUGGCCUUGGUCCUCUUUGAGUUAAAAUUGCUCCUGAAGUCUUCUGGGCAGAGUGCACAGCUGUUAAGCCAUGAAGCUGGAGACCCACCUGGCCUGAGGCGCCUGAAUUUCGUGCGGCUUUUGAUGCUUUACACGCGGAAGUUCGAAUCAACCGAUCCGAGGGAAGCCCUGCAGUAUUUUUACUUUCUCAGGAACGACAAGGACAGCCAAGGAGAGAACAUGUUCCUGCGCUGCAUCAGCGAGCUGGUCAUUGAAAGCAGAGAGUUUGAUAUGAUCCUUGGAAAGCUGGAGAAUGAUGGUAGUAGGAAGCCUGGAGUGAUAGACAAGUUCACAAGUGACACAAAACCCAUCAUUAACAAAGUGGCUUCAGCAGCAGAAAACAAAGGGCUGUUUGAAGAAGCUGCCAAACUCUACGACCUUGCAAAGAACCCUGACAAGGUUUUAGAGCUGAUGAACAAGCUCCUCAGUCCUGUUGUUCCCCAGAUCAGCACUCCCCAGUCCAACAAGGAGCGGCUGAAGAACAUGGCUCAUUCCAUUGCUGAGAGGUACAAGGCUCAGGGGAUAAGUGCAAAGAAGUCCAUUGACUCCACCUUCUACCUUCUGCUAGACUUGAUCACGUUCUUCGAUGACUAUCACGCCGGUCACAUUGACAGGGCCUUUGAUAUCAUUGAGAGGCUGAAGCUGGUCCCUCUCAGCCAAGAUUGUGUAGAGGAGAGAGUUGCUGCCUUCCGGAAUUUCAGCGAUGAAAUCAGGCACAAUUUAUCUGAGGUCCUGCUUGCAACCAUGAAUAUUUUGUUCACCCAAUAUAAGAGGAUGAAAGGCACAAGCCCAGCCACCCCUGCCAGACCCCAGAGGGUGAUGGAAGACAGAGACUCGCAACUCAGGUCUCAAGCUCGUGCCCUGAUCACCUUUGCUGGCAUGAUCCCUUACCGCACAUCAGGAGACACCAACGCCAGGCUGGUGCAGAUGGAGGUCCUCAUGAACUAGCAGCUCCUUGCCCCAAGGCCUGCAGCCACCUGCACCUCUCUUUUGUAUGUUCAGAGGC